UACAUAAAACCACCGACUGUAAUCCUCCAUCACCAUAAGCCGAUGCAGAUAUUUUGUGCCUAGGUAACCGUAAAUAUACCGGUGCACCUAAAGCUUGUUAUUCUUAAAAAAAUAACCAACAAUGGACAAUUCCGGUAAAGAGAAGGAAGCAAUCCAGCUUAUGGCCGAAGCGGAUAAGAAAGUGAAGUCCUCCUCGUCGUUCCUGGGGGGGAUGUUUGGUGGGAACCACAAAGUGGAAGAAGCAUGUGAGAUGUACGCCCGGGCAGCCAACAUGUUCAAGAUGGCCAAGAACUGGAAUGCUGCGGGGAGCGCAUUCUGUCAGGCCGCCAAGCUCCACAUGCAGCUACAGAACAAGCACGACUCGGCCACCAGCUUUGUGGACGCCGGCAAUGCCUACAAGAAGGCUGAUCCCCAGGAGGCUAUCAACUGCUUAAACGCAGCCAUCGAUAUAUACACAGAUAUGGGACGGUUCACAAUCGCCGCGAAGCACCACAUCACGAUUGCCGAGGUCUACGAGUCUGAACUGGUGGACAUCGAGAAGGCGAUUGCCCACUAUGAACAGGCAGCAGAUUAUUACAAAGGCGAGGAAUCUAACAGCUCUGCAAACAAGUGUCUCCUGAAAGUGGCAUCGUACAGCGCCCAGCUGGAGCAGUACCAGAAGGCCAUCGAGAUCUACGAGCAGGUUGGAACCAACACUAUGGAUAACCCUCUACUGAAAUACAGUGCAAAGGAGUAUUUCUUCAAGGCUGCAUUGUGCCAUUUUAUUGUCGACGAAUUAAAUGCGAAGCUCGCUGUGGAGAAGUAUGAGGAAAUGUUUCCAGCAUUUACUGACUCCAGAGAGUGCAAGUUGUUGAAGAAACUUCUAGAAGCUCAUGAGGAACAGAACAGUGAGGCUUUUACUGAAGCAGUGAAGGAGUUCGACUCCAUCUCUCGGCUGGACCAGUGGCUGACCACCAUGCUUCUGCGCAUUAAGAAGACAAUCCAGGGCGAUGCUGGGGAUCUGAAGUGAAGCCAGGGAUCCCACGUUUCUCUACGUUUGUGUCCUAAGGUCUGCUUUAGGGUCUCCACCCCCCCCCCCCCCCCCCCCCCCGAAUGCGACCCAUGUAUCCAUAUGACCAUCACUGCAGAUUUUCCAGUUUAUACCCCCCCAGGCAGUCUUCUCUCUUCCCGCAGGAUGCGGCUGAACGUCGUGGCUCUUUGGUGGCAUUUCCGAGUGCAGUUUCCGCAACGUUAAGCAGCCCAGAACAUUCCAGAACACUGAAAAAACAAAAAGGCGUUUCCACAUUUAGACACUUACCUGGUUUACUAGUGAAGGUCCUGCUUAUUGUACAGCUGUAAUUAUUUAGAUGGAGUGGAAAUUCAGUCUAUUUUGACAUAUUUAAAUAAUCACUUCCGAGUUUAUUUCUUUUUUAAAAAGCAGUGUUCAUUUCUUCUCAUUGCUGUUUGUUUCUUGUGGUCACACCAUCUCAUUUCCAGGCAGUUCAGAUGCAUAAAGUCUCACGCAAGAUGCUAAAGCGCUAAGGCCAUCUGGCUUUCCAGGCAGGAACCUCCCAGGAACUAGUUAGACUCCCUUGUAAUUUAUUUUAAAAGCAUUAUCUGGCUUUGCAGCAAAGGGAUAAACACUGAGACAUGUUCACCAGAAGGUGCAAUGAAGUAUUAAAUACUGCGUUUUGUCGCAGUAAAGUGUAUAAUCUAGGUUUCAUCUGGUCCCAGAUACCCACAAAGUAGCACAGAUGUAAUUGUGCAAUGAAAUAGAGAAAUUAAAUGUUUAUUUAUUGACAGUUUAAGGGCAGGGUGUCUGCUUUUGGCUCAGAAAUCAUCGUUACAUGAUGGGAAGUGAUGCUCUGUGCAGGUCAUGGGAGACGCUAAGAAUCCUGGGGGUGUCAAAGGUACCAAAAGUUUUUUUUUUUUUUAUUUUGCCCUUUGCUUCCUGGGUUAAUUGUUCUCUUCUCCACCACCCUCCAAAUAAUUCAGACUGUUUCCCAUCACUACUAGUACUAUACCUACGCUGAGCGGCCUGAGGAUGGAUUUUUAUUUUUGAUUUUUUUUGCACGGUUAACUGAGAGAGACGCAUACGGUACCCUCUGGUACAACGGCACUUUUAUUAUGUCUUGUGUAACGUCUCGGUGUGCUUAAUGUCCGUGUUGUGAGUAUCUACUUGUUAGAGGUGAACUUGCUAUCCCCAGGAUCCCGCAAACGAGCAUGUCAUCACAUGUAAUUAGUGUUAAGGUAUUGUGACGCGUAACCCGGUUUUUAAUAACCAAUAAAAAGAGAAAGUGACCCACAAAAGUCUUUCCACUCCCUACUGUAUGUAUUAUUGUAUUUCAGUUUCUGCUAAUGUACGGUAAUAAAGGAGGGUCUAUGAGCUGG